AUGGCGACCGAACAUAUUCUUUUGGUCUGCUGGCCCGCAGUAGGUCAUGCUCGUCCAAUGCUAGACUAUGCAGCGGCACAGCUCAAACAGAACCCUGGGCUCAUAAUUACCUUUAUCUGCAGCAAGAUGCAGAUUGCUUUGCUUGAGGGACUUGCAAUCUCCGAACAUUUGGCCGACAAGAAAUUUGGCGACAGGCUGCGACUUCUUGGAACAGGCCGCCCUGCACAGGAAGUACUCAAGGAGUUUGGCGACCGCGAGGACGCCAAAAAUGCUGCAAAUUCCGCAUCCAAAGCGCCUAACACAACGGCUAAUGGCCCCGAGCCCGAGGUGAUCCUGACCAUGCAGGCUGCCACUUUGAUUCAGAAGCGAUUCGCCGAGAUCUUUCCCACAAUUCUCGCAAACGAUGACCUAUUCGAUGAGCAAGACAACAGUUUGCUCCUCCCUGCCUGUGUAGCAGGAAAACCCACCACAAUUGUCGUCAACUGGAUGCUCCCCGGUAUGGUAGAAACCGUGCGUAAGCACUCAUCCGACCUUAAGAUGGUCACGUUCUUCGAUAAUUCCUGCACUUUUGUCACCCGCAUGCUGGGUCCACGAUCCAUCGGCGGCUUCGGCGGCAUCGAGAGGCUCUGGUCACAGUACUGUAACAGCAACCCUGAAGUGGACCCCAACGAUUCCACUUUGAAGGAAAAGCUGCUAGGCAGACGAUGGACCGGAAAAUUCUACAUUCCAGGAAGUCGCAUGGGAGCCAUCGAGGAGCAAGAGAUGGCAGCCCUAGCCAAGGACUGGCUGCUCAGCGUGCCACUGACUCCCUCACUCAUCGAGAUCCAAAAGCUGGUGGAUGCCAGUCACACGAUCCUCAUCAACACUCAUCUGGCCGUAGAGGAACGCGAGCUCGACUACCUUCGCAUGGUGUAUCCCUUCAAGAAGAUCGGUAUCCUCGGUCCAGCCAUGUUUUCGGGCUUCGUUGAGAAGGGGGAAAAGCUAGCAGCAAAACUUCUUGACAAGCACAUCAAUGUGAAGCCAGCAGCUUCAAGGCCGCUCACACCACCCGAAACUCCUCCUCCGGGCUCUCCUGACACUGACUCGCACGGCGAAGAGGAAGACCCGAAACAAAAAUCGGUAAAGCAAGUCGAGAAAUUCCUUGCCGAGUCCGCAACUGGCUCGGUUGUGUACAUUUCUUUCGGAACCAUGUUCCGUCCGCAGCCAACGCACCUUAUCAAGAUGCUUGAGAUCAUCAUCUACGAGAUGAGCCUCAGCUCGCAGUUCCGUCUUCUCUUCACCUUUGGCGGUAGCAAAGAUCUCGCCUCGUCGUGCCCGCCAUCGUUCGCACCUCAGAUUUCCGCUCUCGAAUCGCAGCUGUUCAAGUCGGGAAACACCUUGUUCGUAAACUGGGUAGAUCAACACUACGUCCUCCAACACCCUUCUGUUGGCUGGUUCCUUAGCCAUGGUGGCUGGAACAGCUGCCAAGAAUCGAUGCUUGCCGGUACGCCGUUGUUGAUCUUGCCAUUCUUUGGCGAUCAGCUCUUCAACGCCUAUUUUCUUGAGAGCAUUCAGAUUGCCUACCGCUUCAAUACAGCCGCCAAUAUGAGUGUGGCCGACUUUGUGGCUAGCUUCCGCGAAGGCAUUACUUGUACUCGACCCGAAAGCGAACGUGGUUCCCAGCUGACCAAGAACGCCAAAGAGUUGCAGCUUCGCCUCAAGGGUGAGCGUGCUCUGGCUGAAGUGCGUCUCUUUUGA